UUGGAAUCACAAGAUUAGGAAACACCACUGCAAUGGUAGUUAGUUGGUUCCCCAACUUUUGUACUUUUCUGUUUUCUCCAAAUUGUGGCCAUUAAAUUCAUUGAAAAUAACCUUUCAUUUGUUCUCAUUUGAUUUUAUAGCACUCUCACCAUAUAAGCAAUAAUCAUUCAAAAUAAUACAUUGCAGGCUAAAGACACAUUCACGCAGCUGUAUACUCUCAUUCACAAGAUUCAACUUCAAAAAGAAAGGUUUUCCCUAUCUUUCUUUAGAAUUGACACUCACAUAUCUCUCUCUCUCUCUCUCUCUCUCUCUCUCUCUCUCUCUCUCUCUCUCUCCAUUAUUUUUUCUCUCCUUUUUCUUAUUUCCAUCCUUUUUGAUUAAUAUAAAUAAUCAAAAAGUCUUUCUUUCUUUUAAUUUGAUGAAUUAAAAAGUCCUUUCAUAUGUUGAAAAAUUACACAUCUUUUUCAUACUCUCACUCAUACACAUAAUUCCUAUUCCCAUUCUUGUCCACUCCAAUUAUUCCACAAACAAGACAAGAGAAAAUUCACAGCCAUAAUUCCACAAAACAAUAACCUCAUCGAAAAAAGUCACAAGAGAAAAACAGAAAAAGGGUAUGUUGGAUUAAAAAGCUUCCAUUUUUGAAGCAAGAGACAAAUCCAAUUCACCAAAACUCACCGACCCAAUUGAAGAAUCAUUUCAAAGUUUGCAUCUUUUAGUAUUUUAACUAUAAAGAAGCUCAAAAAAUCAAAAGGGGGAAAUUAAAGAGAACUACGGAUCAGGGCAAAUUGGUAAUUUUAGAGGGAAAAUUCGGUGUACGUUCAUGAAAUCGUUGACGAGAUCCACCGCUCUAUUGGUGUUUCCGUUGCUGUUAAUCGUCGGCGCGUUGGUGUACGCGCGGUUCCUUGAAACACCUGAAAUUUCGUCAGCAGUAGCCCGUUCAUCUACCGAACAAAUCCUAACCACAAAAUCAUACAAAAUACCAAAAACACUCCAAAAUCAAACAGAGAUUCCAUUAGAUUGCAAUGGAUACAACCACACAGGAAAAUGUCCCAAUCACCAAAUCUCAUUAAACAAUCAAGACCAUCGAUCUAAUUCCACGUGUCCAGAUUACUUCCGUUGGAUCCACGAAGAUUUAAGACCAUGGUCCCACACAGGAAUAACACAAGAAACAAUAGAAAAAGCAAAACCAACAGCAAAUUUCAAAUUAGUUAUAUUAAAAGGAAAAGCUUAUUUAGAAACAUAUGAAAAAGCUUUUCAAACAAGAGAUACUUUUACUCUAUGGGGUAUCCUACAAAUGUUAAGGAAGUACCCUGGAAUGUUACCUGAUUUGGAGCUUAUGUUUGAUUGUGUUGAUUGGCCAGUUGUUUCGGCUGGCCAAUAUAAUCUUGAUGGUGGUGUUGAUCCUCCACCACUCUUUCGAUAUUGCGGUAAUGAUGCAACUUUGGAUAUUGUUUUCCCUGAUUGGUCUUUUUGGGGAUGGCCUGAAGUUAAUAUAAAGCCAUGGGGGAUAUUGUUGGGAGAGUUGAAUGAGGGAAACAAGAGGAUUGAAUGGAUGAAGAGAGAACCUUAUGCUUAUUGGAAAGGUAAUCCAACUGUUGCUGAAACAAGACAAGACCUUAUGAAAUGUAAUGUUUCUGAAAAACAAGAUUGGAAUGCUCGUUUAUAUGCUCAGGAUUGGGGACGAGAGUCGCAAGAAGGGUACAAGAAAUCAGAUUUGGCAGGCCAAUGCACUCAUAAAUAUAAGGUGUACAUUGAAGGUUCAGCUUGGUCAGUGAGUGAAAAAUACAUUCUAGCAUGUGAUUCUCCAACUUUACUUGUGAAACCUCAUUACUAUGAUUUCUUCACGAGAGGGUUAAUUCCAGUGCAUCAUUAUUGGCCCAUUAAGGAAGAUGACAAGUGUAAGUCCAUUAAGUUUGCUGUGGAUUGGGGCAAUAGUCAUAAGGCAAAGGCACACAAUAUUGGAAAAGCAGCAAGUAAUUUCAUUCAAGAAGAAUUGAAGAUGGAUUAUGUGUAUGACUAUAUGUUUCAUCUCCUAAAUUCCUAUGGUAAACUCUUUAGAUACCAACCCUCUAUAAGUGAUAAAGCUGUUGAACUAUGUGUUGAAUCAAUGGUUUGUAAAGCAGAAGGAAGAGAAAAGAAAUUUAUGAUGGAAUCAUUGGUAAAGGCUCCUUCAAACACCAAUCCAUGCACCAUGCCUCCUCCUUUUGAUCCUCCUUCUUUACACGCACACAUAAAAAGAAAGCAAGGUUCAAUUCAACGAGUCGAAUUUUGGGAGAAAAGUUAUUGGGAGAAACAAAACUUGAAAUCGUAAUGUAAAUUAUUACCAACAGAGAUCUGACACAAGUGGUUAAUGCGCAUAGUGUGUGAAUGUUGUAAACCAUAGGAUAAAUAUUCAAUUUCUUGUCAUGAAAAAAAUAAAUGCAACAAUUAGAGAUUAAUGUUUUCCCCUAAACAUAUAGAGUUCUUUUGGGUAGA